GAACCUGGUGCGCGCAUCGCCGCCCCGCCUCCGCCUCACAGCCGCUGCAGCUCGGGUGGAUGCGGGUCGGAGGCGGAGUUGGAUGCGCGACUUCGGGCACAAGGAUACCUCUUUUUGGGGGGGCAAAAAGUUUUGUGAUAUCCCCCAAAAAGACGCAAAAUAACGCGUCUUUGUGGGUUUCCGAAGUAGCGCGAGAGUCUCCGGAACCGGACUGACUCCAAGAAACAAACUCUUCUCGCGUUUUCUUCCGACACCGGAGACGUUCGCUCGUCGCGGGCAUCGUCCGCUGACCUCCAGGGUAUGAAACCGUCCGGGAGGAUCCCCGGUGUGACGCAGCGCGAUGGAGCCACGGAAGCCCGCAUGAAGUCCAACUUUCUCCAGACUCGCUCUUCCGGGACACGGCAAGUCCUGCCGUACUGAUGGGUCGGACGGCGGUUCUGAUGAGCGCGGCGUGGGUCCUGCUCGUCGGGCUCUGCGUCGCGUCGCCUCCCCACGGCCGCCGGCUGGUCUGCUGGAAAGCCAUCCUCAAGUGCCACGGAGAGCCGGAGUGCCAUUACGCGUACGACCAGUACCUCUACGCCUGCGCGUCCGUCCUCGGCGGGGAGCGCAGGAAGUGUCCCAGCCACUGCAUCUCGUCCCUCAUUCAGCUCAACCUGACCCGCAGCGGCCCGGCUCUGGAGGACUGCGACUGCGUCGUGGACCCGGUGUGCCGCGCCACCAAGGAGGCCAUCGAGCCGUGCCUGCCGCGCACCAGCACCGUGGGCUGCACGGAGGCCCGGCGGCAGUGCGAGCUGGACCAGCCGUGCGGCUCCGCCAUGAGGGACUACUUGUUCCACUGCCGCAAGCUGUUCGGCGGCGAGCGGUGCUCGGACGGCUGCCGCCGGGUCAUCGCCGGCAUGCGCGCCAUACCGAAGGCGCGGCAGCUGGACACGUGCGAGUGCGACGGCGCGGAGAGGAACAUCUGCGAGUACAUCAAAGUCAGCAUGAAGACCUUCUGCGCCGACCCGGCCGAGAGGUUCGCGGGAAGCGGCUUCUCGGACGCCGAGGACGAUGGCGACGACUAUUACGUCGACCAGGGGGAUUAUCAGUACGCGGAGGACUCGGGCGGCUCGGCGCCGUUUCGGACUCCUUUGCUGAACGUUCUGACCACCAUUUUGGUUUUAAGCAAAUGCAUCUGAAAGGGGCCGAGGGCGGCUGGACGGAGGCUUCUGCGUCGUUUCUCCUUGAACUAACAUGUGGGGCUUUUAUACGCAACACGGAACCUUCUGGCCUGCGCAAAUUAAUCCAAUUCAGCACACUUGUAUGUUUGUAAAUCACUCAAAUGUUAUAUUUCACCAUGUGAUAAAUACCCGAAGGAGCUUUUUUUUGUAUGCCACCUAUGUAAAGAUAGAUUGUACAGUAUAUUGUAUAAAAUUUAUUUUUUUGUGAGAAUAUAUCUUUAUGAGUAAUAAAAGAUUUGCACUGUAUGAUCAGA